UCCCAAGAAAGGUGACAUAAAAUUAAAAAAAAAAGGAUUGAUAUUUACAUAAGCGCGGUAAAAACGAAUUAGUAUUAUCAUUUCAUUGAUUUUUAAAACUUUUAUAGGUUGCUUAAGGAAUAGUACCCAGGUGCACAGUAAAAAUGUUAUAAUCAAUCAAUAAAUAUGGAUUCACGUAAUCGACCAAAACUUUUAUAAGUUUAUGCUACUUCAGUAGUUACCUACUUAAUUUAUUCUGAUCCACUAGGUUUAGAUAUUUUUAUUUUUAGAAAAAAAGGUACCUAGUAAUAUCAGAACUAAAUUCUUUUAAAGUUUGGUACAUUAAUAUUUUGUAACAUGGAGUUAGAUCGAAGAGAGUCAAAGUUUCAAAAUGAACGACUGCAAAAGAUAUUCGAAUGUUUAUCCCAGUGUAAGUUAGUGAUAGAAAAUGAAAAGGAAGAGUUGAAAAAACUACGAAACAUUAAUUUAAAAUUAGAAGUGGAAAUAAAAGAAGCCCGGGAACUUGAGAAGUCUCAUCGAUUCCAUUUGCAAACAUCUCGCGAGAUGAUCGGAAAUCUACAGGAAACAGUCUCCCAGUUAAUGUACUUAAAAAGAGAUGUAAAGAAAAUGAAAGAUGAAUUAUCUAGCAAAGACCUAGAGAUCUCCAAAAUUGAAAAGGAAAAGGCAGCAAUAUUACAAGAACAUACAGAAAAAGAUCAUCAAUUACGAUUAGCUCACGAGAAUGAGAUCGAAGAAAUUAAACUUAGAUGCGAGAAGAAGGUUGAGCAGAUGCAAAAUGAAUCAGACACGCAGCUGGCCCAAUUCACGUGCGUCAUAGAGGAACUGAGAAGCAAAGUUAAGGAGAUGGAAGUGGAACACAGAGACAAGAUGAACUUAGUGGUUCUGGAGUACGAAGAGAAGAUCCAGCGAGGCGCAGCCCAGAUAACACAACUCCAAGACCAACUAUCACGGCAGGCUGCUCGGACGGAAUCAAAUAUCGACGCUUAUAGAAGGCGAUUGGAAGAGCUGGAGGAGAAAUUAAAACAAAGUCACUUCAAACAAUAUCUGGCACAGAACACCUACCCUUCCCAGUACGAAGCACAGGUGGAACGCCCCUAUUCUGUAAACCGGGACCCAUAUCCUGAACCUUGCACAGUUGAUAAGGAAUCCGCCUACGAAGGAAACAAGGCUCACUUCACACCGAACACUAGCCAAAACAAAACAAAGCAAGGGAACACAUUACAAGUGAUGUACUAUGGGAAUAAAGAGCCACAGAGAAACAACGAAAAGAAAGGACAGUUUAAUAUAACUAAAAAGCGUAAACUGUACAACGAGAAAAACUUUCAAGAUUUCUAAUUUAACGUCAUGUCUUUAGGUAGUAAGUACUUAUUAUUUCUUUAUGACAUCUUAUAUGUUAAUAAAUUGCACGAUAAUUCCG